GAAAACAGGCUGCAGUUCUCUCGUGCAAAGCCAAACUCUCUCCCAGCCAGGGCCAAACAUUCACCCGUCUUCUGCUGGGGCCUGUCAAGUUUAUUUUCACUUUGCUCACACCGUGGAGUAUGUUUUUGCCCGUGGUUCGGUCGGUAGUACAUUCGAUUUUCUCGUGCGUCGUCGUGUCUGGGGAAGCAAAUUUUCAACCUCCCGAAGUCGAACGGAGGAGAGAUUGAUUUGCUGAUUUUUUCUAUUGAGUUUUUGUGUGUUUCGGGGGACGCGCCAAGUGAUUGUUGUGAUUUGAUCUUAGGGUUUGCUCCUCAACGGAAGAUGUUGACUCGGGAUCGGAGCCUAGCCACCGGGAACUUCUGCUUUCUGCACUAGCUAAUAUGACCGAAACGCCCGACGAUUCGCACCCGCUGCAUGAGUGCGUUUUCAAGGGGGACACUAGGAAGCUGUCACAACUUUUGCGGACCCACGAACCCUCGACAAAAGACAAACAUGGCAAUACACCUCUGCACCUGGCGGUUAUGCUCGGCCGUAAAGAAUGUACAUACCUGCUGUUGGCCCACGGUGCACCCGUGAAGGUGAAAAAUAUACAGGGAUGGUCUCCACUGGCCGAAGCGAUCUCCUACGGAGACCGCCAAAUAAUAUGUUCCUUACUGAAAAAGCUGAAACAGCAGGCCCGGGAGCAGAUGGACCAGCGCCGUCCGAAUCUGAUCAAAGCCCUCAAGCAGAUGGGUGAUUUCUACAUGGAGCUAAAGUGGGACUUCCACUCCUGGGUCCCGCUGAUUUCCCGCAUCCUCCCGUCGGACGUGUGCAAAAUCCACAAAUCGGGUUGCUCCAUCCGGUUGGACACGACCCUGGUGGACUUCUCGGACAUGCGCUGGGAACGGGGUGACAUCUCGUUCAUCUUCAAAGGGGACAACCCGCCGAAGGACUCGCUGACUGCCCUGGACAACGAAUGCCGUUGCUAUCAGCACGUGCGGCACGAGGAAACCGAGAUGGAGAUCGAAGACGAAGUGGACAUCCUGAUGUCCAGCGACAUCCUUGCAGCGCAGAUGUCAACCAAAAGUAUUAGUUUUACGAAAGCACAAUCCGGCUGGAUCUUUCGGGAGGACAAGAAGGAAACGGUGGCCGGUCAGUACGAUAGUGAUCUCUACACCAUCAACGGGCUUACGUUGGAGCAGCGAAAGCGGCGGGAGCACCUGUCCCGGGAUGAUCUGCAGAAGAACAAGGCGCUGAUGGAGUCAUUCACCAAGGGAGGCCAAGCGCAGGGAAUCGAUCAGAAUGGAGAAAUCAUUCGGAGGGCUUCACUUCAACCACCCGCAAAUAACAGCAUCACUUGGGAGGAAUACAUCGCGGCUGAGCCGGGUCAAUAUCCCAACUUGGGUCGAGAACUAGUUUAUAAGGAAUCAAGCAAAAAUUUCAGAGCCACUGUUGCUAUGAGUAAAGAUUUCCCACUGAGUGUGGACAUGCUCCUCAACGUGCUUGAGGUGAUUGCGCCGUUCAAGCACUUCAGCAAGCUGCGGGAGUUCGUGACGCUCAAGCUACCCAGUGGGUUCCCGGUCAAGAUCGACAUCCCGAUUCUGCCGACGGUGUCGGCCAAGGUGACGUUCCAGAAGUUCGAGUUCCGGGACGACAUUUCGCCGGAUCUGUUCGUGAUCCCGGACAGCUACAAGGAGGAUAGUAUGAGAUUUCUCAUCUAUUUUAUAGAUUUCCUGAUUUAUGACCUUUCGAUUUCGGACACUUGAUCGGCUACGCCCCGUCGACGGUCGUAGCAAAAUUGUGGGAAAUUUCCCUGGCAGUUGUUAUUGUAGCACCACCUCCAUCAGCAUCGUCAGUUGAAAAUGUUCCGCUGGCAGCCCGGAAUCGAAACGGACCCUUUGGCAUGUCUCCGCACUGUUUGGAUUUGUUCAAUUACUGCGCCAUCAUUAUCGAAAUCAGAAUAGCCAUCGAUCUCCAUAUCAUCACAUUCAUUCUACUCCUCAUCUUCAGCCGUUUUAGGGCGGCUCUUUUACGGACAGUGUUGUCAGCUUUUGGAAACUGGUCGGAGUUGGAGAAAAGAGGUUUAACUUUGAAGGUUUCACUUUAAUUUUUCAUCUUGGCAUAAACAUAUUUUGGCGACUCUUAUAAACAUGUCUUAAGAGCAAUGUUUUCCCAUAAGUUAACAAAAAAAGAAGAUUUGUGUUUUUAGAAGGCUCUCAACCAGGUACCAGAUCUACAGGACUGAACUCGUGAAACAUGGAAAAUACCGAAGGCUAUCUAGGUCUUAAGAAACCAUACAACAUACAUGCAUAACAACGUAACUAAGUCAAAAUAGAAAAGCAGAAAGUGUAAGUCGAAUUGUAAGCAACAAUCUUUCUAUUCUUUUUUUUACGAUAUUCUAUUGUAAAAGCUAACCAUCCCACUAUACAGGUAAAUUAUUCCAUUCCACUGUAAGGUUAUCUUGAACACGACGAACUAAAUACAGAAAUAUCAUGCGCCCAAAUCGGCGCAGCUUGAACAAGAAACUAAAAAAAAAACAAUCAACCAUUAUCAAUUCAAUUUUUAGGAAGAAAGAAAAACAAAAAAUUGUUUUUCAAAAAAAUCUUAAGCGAUUUGGAUCCAACACAAAAUAUUGUACUCGAUUGGCCGUGAGCAGAAAUAAAAUUUUAUGAUACCAAAAGUGAACAGGAAAUAUCAUCUAAAUUCUCCAAACAAAGAUUAUCCAAAGUUAGAACCCCUACUCUAAAAGGCAAUCAAAUUUUUGCUUGUGCAAGGCUAGGAUUCCACGCGAAAAGCUGGAAAUAGAAAUAGAAGUAGAGCUGCUAAAACGCACCACCCCACUUUGAUAAAUAAGAAAAAACAAAAGCAAACAAUAAUUACCGCUAAAAAUGAUGAUACAAAACCAUACGCGCGAAAUGUUAGUGAUAUUUAGAAAUAUGCUUUAAUGCGUGGCUGUUUGUUAAAUUUGGUUAAUCGUUCUUUCCCAGUCGUUUGGUUGAUGCUAGGCUUCGAAACCGAUUCAUAAUAUUGCUCAAGCGCAAUCAACGAUUCCCUCUAUUUUUAUUCCAACGAACCUGGUUUAUUCAAUAGAUCAUCCAAGUUUCAGAAACAUUUUUCACUACGAACUAUGUUUUUGUUAUAAAAUUCUUUAUGUGUUCAUCUUCUAUUAGGACAGUUUUUCCCACAAAAUAGACUUUGACGGAUAAUUUUAAACCCUCAGAGACAGCUUCUCCUAUCCAAAUCCCUAAGUCCCAUCUGAAACAUAUCGAAAUUGAAAAAUUCGUGCCGUUUGUUCUUCUAUUCCUCCAAAUAAUGCUGCUAUUUGAUCUAGCUGUAGUUUUGCUUUUCCGAUUGUUUUUCCCCUUGUAUUGUAAGCGUUAAGAAAUUGAAUGAAACACAUUGGAAACACGAAGCAUACCUACCUACCACCACAAAAUAAGCAAACAAAACCGAAGCCGUUCUAUUUGUGAAAAUGAAUAACGAAAAUAAAAUUUGUCUAG